ACGUCACCUCGCAAACCCUCCCCUCCUGCCAUCGCCACCUCGAAAGGCUUCCUCUCCACUCCUUCACGGCAGGUUUUCUUUGUCUUUGUCGCCAAUAUGCUGUCGAGGACGAGGUUUGCUGCCUCAAUGGCGCUGCGAGCCAAACCUACCACAGCAUUGAUGCCAUACCGUGCAGGCUCCGCUGCCUUCCUGUCUUCUACUUCCUCGAACUCCGCGACCCCCGUCGGAACCCAACAGAGCCCAGGAUUGGUUGCCGGUAACCCUGGAACACCACCCCCAAUGAAGGUCGCUCGACGAGAGGUGCCAUUGCCCAGUCAGGAGGGAAAGAAGGGAGCUAUGCAAUAUGCGCUGACCACCCUCGAUCAAAUUGCCAAUUGGGCGCGUCAAAGCUCUCUCUGGCCCAUGACCUUCGGUCUCGCUUGCUGCGCCGUCGAAAUGAUGCAUUUGUCUACUCCACGUUACGACCAGGAUCGACUUGGUAUAAUUUUCCGAGCCUCGCCUCGUCAGUCGGAUGUUAUGAUUGUGGCGGGAACCCUCACCAACAAGAUGGCCCCUGCUCUACGAAUGGUUUACGAUCAGAUGCCUGAUCCACGUUGGGUCAUCUCCAUGGGCAGCUGCGCGAACGGUGGCGGAUAUUACCACUACAGCUACUCGGUUACCAGGGGAUGCGACAGGAUCGUGCCCGUGGACAUCUACGUCCCCGGCUGCCCACCUACCUCAGAGGCUCUGAUGUACGGCAUUUUCCAGCUCCAGAAGAAGAUGAGGCAUACCAAGAUCACAAGGAUGUGGUACAGGAAGUAAAUUGGCUGUCCUUUUGUUUUAUUUCAGUUUUCUGCGACAGUCUGGUCGUUCUGGUUGUUUCGGUCAUCAGCCUGUGAGACUGGGAAGAGCUCACACAUGUACAAAUCAGGCCUCAAGCUGUAAAAUCUUUGUUAGGCAUCAGAAGGUCAAUCGUUCAAGGAUUAACGCUUGUUUCGAAUGGCAAAUGAAUUUCAUCAAAAU